AUGUCAUCGCCCGCCACUACGAGGGUCCCUCAGAGAAGGACCGCUUGGCUUUCCACGCGGACAACUUUGUGGUCGGGGAGUGGGUGCUGCUUGCCUGCGUUCGGUUGCAUCUUGCGACAGGAUGCCGAGGACGAUGCACUGACACUAUGCUUCCGCGAGAGAGAUGGACCCCGCGAGUUCUGCAUGAAGGAGGAGGCUGGCCACCUUUACCGACAGACGGCUGAGGCGAGACAUCAUUGGAGCCAUGGUAUACCUGCUGGAGGACGAGGCCCCGUGCGCCAGUCCCUGACCUGGCGAUGGCUCCGCCCCAGCUUUCUGCUGUGGAGUGCCUUGGAGCGGCGCUGCGAGCGAGGGCGUCAGGGCCGAUGGCUCCGAGAAUUCGUCGCAGCCUGUCAGGCUGCGGGCAUUGAGCACGAGGUCGUGCAACAGUUCUUGCAACGCUGGCUGCCGGUGUGUGCGCCCGCUGCAUGGGAGGUCCCUCCUCCACAUCGGCGAAAGGAGGGGACAAAGCUGCCCCGAAUUCUGCAGCAACGCCUGGAGAGGAGGUUUGCCGCAAGCACCUCAGGGCCCCGAGCUGCCAAGGCGCUGCUCGAUGCGCUGGACGACGUCUUUCGACACCUCGCUUUCCAGACCCUGGGCGUGAACAAUCCCGUGAUCUUGCUCGACGAGGUCGACAAGACCUCGCAGAAUUCGAUGUUUAACCCUCAGGCGACCUUGUUGGAGAUCCUGGAUCCAGAGCAGAACACGUCCUUCAAGGACCAUUACCUGAAUACGCCGUUUGAUCUGUCGCAAGCCAUCUUCAUCUGCACUGCUAACGACGCCUCCACGAUCGACAGACCGCUUUUGGAUCGGAUGGAGGUGAUUGACUUGGCUGGCUACACUGUGGAAGAGAAGGCCAUCCAUCAAUUGAAUGUCUUUCUGGUGCAGCUGCAGAUGAGACAUGACGACCUCUAA